AUUUAGCGACCUGUCGCUACACGUACACGUAUGAGCGGCGGUGGGCGGGGCUAACAACUGUACACAGACAAGGAUCGUUACAAACACACCAGCUACUUUCCUGUGUGCCGGUUAUUUUUUUACACAAUUUUCUUCCUAAAAUCAUGCAUGCAACGCGUUAAUAUCCCCUCUUUGAGUGAGUUGAAACAGUUGCUCAAAUAUGAAAAGCGUUGGCAACUUUUUUCUUCAAUGGGUUGAAGAAUGUGAAGUCGCUUUGGGAGGGAAAUAACGGUGCAGGACGUUAGCCGAAUGUUAGCUCACCAGCAACAGGUCAGUUGGUUGGUCAACUAGCUAACUGACAAAACGGUUAUGGAGCGCGCGACUUUUUCAAAAUACUCCUGGAUCGAUUUUUUCUUCUCUGUGAUCGGAGUGUGUACCUUCUUGGUGGACUGGGGCUCGGACGUGUGGGUGGCCACCGAGUUUUAUUGCCGCGGGGAAUUGUUCUGGUUCGGGGUGCUGGUCGGCCUCAUGGUCCUGUCGUCUGUCGUGGUCCAGAUGUUCAGCUGGUUCUGGUUCAAGUAUGACCGACAGCUGCUGGGGUUCAGCGGCCGGACCGAAGGAAGAACCGUGCUCUUCGGGGACCAAGUGAGGCUCUCCUGCGUGUUACAUGUGCUGCAGCUGGGUUUCCUUUGCAGGCACAUCUCCGCCAUACGCCAAGGCUUCAGGGUUUGGUGGCGGAAAGAGGAAGGGUCAGAGUACGCCGUUUACCUGACACAUGACCUCAGCAUGCUCCGGCUAAUCGAGACGUUCUGUGAGAGUGCUCCUCAGCUCACUCUGAUGAUCUACGUCAUGCUGCACACAAACAAGGCCAGGACUGUUCAAUUUGUGAGCAUUGCUGCAUCAACCACUUCCGUAGCCUGGAUGGUGGUGGAUUACCACCGCUCCCUGCGCUCCUUCCUCCCUGACAAGGCCAAGCAGGGCUGGUGUUCCUCUUUGAUCUACUUCCUGUGGAACCUGCUGCUAAUCGCCCCACGUGUGACGGCCCUUGCCCUCUUCGCCUCAGUCCUGUCUGGGUACAUCGCUGCCCACUUCUUGAUGCUGUGGCUCGUCUUUGUGUUGUGGGCCUGGCGACAGGGGACAGACUUCAUGGACAGCGUCGGUGGGGAGUGGCUCUACCGGGCCACCGUAGGGCUUAUUUGGUACUUCAGCUGGUUUAAUGUAGCAGAGGGUCAGACCAGAGGCAGGAGCAUCAUCUAUCAUUCUUUCAUCACCACUGAUGGAGGAAUCCUGCUGGUGACUUGGUGGUGUUACAGGGACCCUGUCCAGACUGAGUCAUACGCCCUCACUCUGCUCAUCACUCUACUUUUCAUCUACCUCUUGGGACUGCUCUUUAAAACCCUCUACUACUGCUGCUUCCAUCCCAAGUUGUGGAGGCCCCCGGUGAGGGAGCCAGGACUGCCCGAUGAUCUGCCCGAUGCAGAAGUGUCCUUUAGAGACGUUUCCAUCCAAGACGGCACCCUGUCCUCUCAGCUCCUCAACAAACGCAUGGCCUGCCAUGCUGCUCAUUUUUACUCCGAGCAAGGAGUCAAUAGAAACACUGAUAGCACAAACAGAGCGGAGCCAUCACAUCUGUGAUGUCUCACUUUUUGCGUGCCAAAGUCAACAGUGUACUACUGAUAAAUGUUACCUUGUUUGGUAGUGAUAGUAUGCAACAAUCUCUCUUAAGACUCCGGUGUCCUAUCUGUGCUGCAAUUUCACCGGGUGCUCAGUAUAAUAUGAACCAAAAUACAGGCUCAAAAACGGUACCUGAAACUAAGAGUGGGCAAUAUGGAUAAAAUCCUUUUAUCAGUACAUACAUCAGUUCCUCCAGUAUAUUGGCAUAUAGUAAAUUCCUGGAAGAACUGUUAAAAUAACUGAUAAUUGUUUUUUUUUACCUAUCCAGAUACUUCAUCACAUUGAUGUAAAUACCAUAUACAAAUCCAGUCCUGAUAGUUGAUUUGCAAUCUUGCCACAAUGUUCUAAUACCACCAUAGAUAUUGCCACACUAUAAACUGUAUGGGUUAUAAGCUCACUGUAUACAUUCCCAUAUUUUCUCUACUCUACUUGAAACUGGGGGUAUUUGAUAAGCUCAUUGCUAAACCAACAAAGUCAGGUGUUAGUUUUACUGUUGUUAUAAUUAUAACAUUUAUCAUUAUUUUCUACAAAGCAACUUGAAUGUUGUUAUCUUUACACAAAAGUAAGUAAAUUUGUACAUGUUAUGGGGACAACCUUUUUCAUACAUACCAUAUGAUCAUAUGGGUUUGUUGUUGCUGUUGUGUGAAGACCUUGUAUCUCCAAAAAAAAAAAAAAACUUGCACGAAAAACAAAACCUUGUUUUUUGACAUGUUAAAUAAAAAUAUACUUUAUUUUUAAUAAAAUAUUGUAUAUUAAUAACAACAAUCAUAAUAUUUUGGACAUUAUAAGGGUUUUGCAAGCCCACAGGGUCUGAAAAUGUUCUCAAUUUAUGUGGAUAAUCUCUAAUUUUACCAACCAAGAUGGGAUUUCCGAGGUUUUUCCAUGACAAGGGUCAUCUAAAUGUGUGUUUGUGUGUUUUGUUGUUACAGCUGCUACUGCUGGAACCUAUUGAAAUGACUUUGAAUGUAGAUUUUGACCAUUCUCUCUUUUUUAUAAUUUCUGUGUUCAGUUCCUGUGCUGUUUUUAGACCACUUGACUGGGUACUCAGUUUUGUCAAGAUGAUAAAGAUGGUGUAAAAGUCAAGUGUUAUUUCUUCAAAUAAGAAUUGUUAGUACAUAUUUAACAACAUAUGACAUCACUAGCUUUAGGUACAAAACCAGUAGUGUUUGCUUAUCUUGUUUAAAUGUCACAUGUGCUAAAUGUCUCUGUUUACUGAAGUAUCAGUGUAAAACGCAGUGCUACACAUAGACAAUACUCGUUAUUUUAGACAGAGCAUGUUUCAUCGACAUCUUUUUGGGUGCUCUUAAAGUUAAUUCAAUGUUACGUUCUGCGAAUGUUCAUACAAAGUUUUGUAGAGCCACUUAUUUGCCAACAAACUCCGCUGAAAACCAAAAGUCAAGGCUGGAUGUUAAUAUUUUACCUCAUUUGCCAUGUGCAAUUAUUAAAGUGGUGACAAUGUUGUA